AUGUUAUCAAAGACCAGAGAUAUUACUGCACAUAAUAUCUAUAGUAUUUAUAAUAAGCUUUUCUCUCAUCUUGAUGAAGCUGAGAGUAAGUUGAAGAAUAAAGGAGUUAUCUGGAAGAAGCGUAUGCUCCAGGCUCUUCAGACUGCAAAAAGGAAGCUCUCAAAGUAUUAUACUGCUACUGAUCAUGAAUCAUACGGCGAUGUUUAUGCACUAGCAACGAUUCUUUGCCCAUCAAAGAAACUUCGAUAUUUUGCAUUAACAGACUGGCAAGGUGAAAUUGACUACGUGAAACACUAUCAUGGAGUCCUUAAGCGAGAGUUUCAUCAAUACAAAGAGAUACUUCGCCGUGAUUCAGAUACUGUGGAAGAGCUCUCAAAGUCUGAAGACGACGAGAUUGCGAGGUAUCUUGCCCGGGGAAUUGAGAGACAGAAGCCCCGAGCAUUCUGGAAAGAGCAUGAGCAUGAGUUCCCUAUUCUUGCAAGGAUGGCACGGGAUAUUCUCUCGAUCCCAGCUAGUGGCGCAGGCGUUAAGCGAUUAUUCAAUUACGCUCGUGAUAUCUGCCACUAUCGUCGUGGUCAAUUAAAACCAAGUACGAUCCGAGAACUGAUGCUUCAUCAGUUCGCCACCAACUUUGAGGUUGAGCAGAAGGAGAUGGAGGUUAUCAAGGAGCAUCUUUCUGCCGGGGAAGCCGCAUUGUUAGAUCAAGCUCGGAAACCAAUGCCCCAGCUUGAAACUCUUGAGCCAAUUAGUGACAACGAAGAGGAAGAUCAAGAGCUUAGCAUUGAGGAUACACAACUAAUAGAAAGCUACGAUGAGAAUUCAGAUGGUGGGAGGGCUGAUGGAAGUAAGCAACUACAGUGUAAACGAUCAAAGAGACGAUUGUCUGAGGCAUUUGAUGGCGAUGAUGAUGGCCUUCCAGAAAUGCCAAUACAUGAGGGCAUACAAGGACGGUCGGGGCGGAUUCGGAAGCAACCAAGGUUACCUGACGGAUUUCAGAUUGAUUUAAGAUAG